UUGCUUCCAGUGUUCAGUCUCCUAGAUUCCCUUGGGUUUUCAUCGCUUUCUACAAAAUCACCGACAUGGCCGACAAGAAGAACCUCCUGCUGCUCUUCGACCACCCCACCGAGCCGGUGUUCAUGGACAAGGGCAAGACGGUGACCGUCUUCGACGUGCCCGACUCCUUCCUCACCGAUCGCUACCGCCCCAUUAGCAACGAGGUGCAGAGCCGGGUGGGCGAGACGGUGGAGCAGCGCAUUCCCGUCCGGGACAUCUCCAUUCCGGAUCUCCGGAUCCCCAUGUCCCUGGGCCGCGACGAGCAGUUUUCCCUGUUCCUGCCCAAGCACCGACGCAUCGCCGGCCGCUUGAUUGACAUCUUCAUGAACAUGCGCUCCGUGGACGACCUGCAGAGCGUGGCCGUGUACGCCAGGGACCGGGUCAACCCGGUGCUCUUCAACUACGCCCUGUCGGUGGCUCUGCUCCACCGUCCGGACACCCAAGGCUUGGACCUGCCGUCUUUCUCGCAGACCUUCCCCGACCGCUUCAUCGACUCUCAGGUGAUGCGCAAGCUGCGUGAGGAGUCCUUCGUGGUGCAGCCCGGCUCCCGGAUCCCCAUCACCAUUCCCCGGGACUACACCGCCUCUGACCUGGACCCGGAGCACCGACUGUGGUACUUCCGCGAGGAUCUGGGAAUCAACCUCCACCACUGGCACUGGCACUUGGUCUACCCCUUCGAGGCCACUGACCGCAGCAUCGUGGCCAAGGAUCGUCGUGGGGAGCUCUUCUACUACAUGCACCAGCAGGUGAUCGCCCGCUACAACGCCGAGCGCUUCAGCAACAACCUGGCCCGUGUCCAGCCCUUCAACAACCUGAGGGACUCUAUUGCCGAGGGCUACUUCCCCAAGAUGGACUCCCUGGUGGCCAGUCGUGCCUGGCCUCCGCGCUUCGAAAACACCAAGCUGAGCGAUCUGAAUCGCGAGGCCGACCAGCUCAACGUGGAGAUCGGGGACCUGGAGCGCUGGCGCGACCGCAUCUACGAGGCCAUCCACCAGGGCUUUGUUAUGGAUGAACGCGGCAACCGCCUUGCUUUGGAUGAGGCCACUGGCAUCGACACUCUGGGCAACAUGAUUGAGUCUUCCAUUCUGUCCCCCAACCGAGUACUGUAUGGUGAUCUCCACAACAAUGGACACACCUUCAUUUCUUAUGCCCACGACCCAAGCAACAAGCACUUGGAGUCCUUUGGCGUGAUGGGCGAUGUCUCCACCGCCAUGCGUGAUCCUGUCUUCUACAAGUGGCACUCGUACAUCGACCGCAUCUUCCAGGAGCACAAGUCCCGCCUGCCGGCGUACACCGAUGCCCAGUUGAACUACUCCGGCAUCUCGAUCACCGGUAUCCAGGUGGCCGCUAACGGAGGCCAGCCCAACACGCUUACCACCUUCUGGCAGCAGUCGGACGUGGAUCUGUCCCGUGGCUUUGACUUCCUGCCCCGUGGCAAUGUGUUUGCCCGGUUCACCCACCUCCAGCACCUGCCCUUCACCUACACCAUCAACAUCAACAACGAUGGAGGUGCCCAGCGCUUCGGCUACGUGAGGAUCUUCAUGGCCCCCAAGAAUGACGAACGCAGACAGCCCAUGUUGCUGCGGGAGCAGCGUCUGAUGAUGAUCGAGCUGGACAAGUUUGUUGUGUCCCUAAACCCAGGACCCAACACGAUCCGUCGCCGCUCCACGGAAUCGAGUGUGACCAUUCCAUUCGAGCGCACUUUCCGUAACUUGGAUGCUAAUCGACCAACUGCCGGAUCACCGGAGGAGCUGGAGUUCAACUUCUGCGGCUGCGGCUGGCCCAACCACAUGCUCAUCCCCAAGGGUCUGCCCGAGGGUCUGCAAUGCGACCUGUUCGUGAUGGUGUCCAACUACGAGAACGAUAGGAUUGACCAGCAAUUGGUUGGUCGAUGCAGUGAUGCCGCCUCCUACUGUGGCGUCCGCGAUCGCCUCUACCCGGAUCGCCAGUCUAUGGGCUAUCCCUUCGACCGUCUGCCACGCACCGGAGCCGACCGCCUGGUGAACUUCCUGACCCCCAACAUGAGCAUCGUCGACGUGACCAUCCGCCACGAUAAUCGCACUGUCGCGCGCCCGAACUAAACCAAGUCGAACGCAUCCGUACCGACCCUGACCCGAAUCCGCUGACCUUGCCCACUUCUAGAUACAUAACUCUUAGCAAUCUAUUGCAUCUUUAUUGAGACUUUAAAAUAAACAAGACAUCAUGGCAUUCCACA